AUGGCUGCUUUGAAGACCUGGAAGACGUACGGUUCCAGUGCUCGAGUGGAUUCUCUUAUCUCCCAAGCAAGAAGAGACGAGAUACAACGCCACAAUGAGGAGCUAAGGCAAAACAGAGAAAUUUUAAAAACCAUAACCGAGGCUGUUUUGUAUUUAUCCAAACAGGAGUUGGCGUUUAGAGGCCAUGAUGAAUCUGAAGAUAGCUUGAACCGCGAUACUAUUUUUAAGGAGAUUAACGAGUGUACUUUCAUCAGUGUGCAGGUUGAUGAAACUUCUGAUGUCUCAACUAAAGAACAGGUAAGCAUGAUAGUCCGUAUGGAUAAAGGUUGUAAGAUAGUAGAAAGACAAUUGGGAUUUGAAGAUGUCAGCACAAAGAGUGAUGCUGCUGCCAUAUCCCAGUUUGUGAAGGAUAAGCUUAGUCCCCAUUCCAACAUCAAGGAUAAAUUAGUGAUGCAAACCUAUGAUGGUGCUGCUGUUAUGUCUGGUCAUGUUAGUGGUGUCCAGGUUCGAGUGCGUCAAGAAUAUCCUUUUGCAUACUUUGUUCAUUGUGCAGCUCACAGAUUAAAUUUAGUUUUGUGUCAGUCUGCCUCAUCUAUAGCCCCUGUUAAAAUUUUCUUUGUUGAUAUAGGAGCGUUUUGUACUUUUACUAGUAAUGCCCCUCAAAGAAAAGCCUUUCUUAAUUCUCAUCAAAUAGAGUUCCCCAGCCCUGGUGAUACUAGGUGGUACUAUCGAUCUCGUGUGAUAAGUGUCUUGCAUAGAAAUUACCAGAAACUUCAUGACAUUUUUCUUGGAGUAGUGGAUGAGCCUGGGAGCUGGGAUGGAGAAUCAUUGGGAAAGAUAUCUGGUUUGCUACAUAAUAUUAGUAGUUUUUUGUUUUGCUUUUUGGUCUGUGUUUUUCAACAGAUUUUCCAACAAUCAUCAAUCCUAUAUGAAAUUCUGCAAGGCCAACAAACUGACUUUAAUUAUGGUAUGGUAAGAAUUCAGCGUUUUGUAACCUUUGUUUCUUCUCUUCGUAGUGAUGAUAAAUUUUCUGAAUUAUACCAAGAAGCAGUAGAUAUAUUGGGCCCACCAGAAAGCAGACUUGAGAAAAGACACAACCAUAAGCAAAUUUAUUUUGAGAUUAUCGACUCCAUUGUUAGUAUGAUGAAUGAGAGGUUUCAGGAUAUGAAACAAUAUGCAUUUUUAGAUCUUUUCAAUCCAAAAAAAUUUGCAUCUUGGGGUGGGGUGGUACCACCUGAGAAAAUUAUUUUACUAAAAGAGAUGUACGGGCCCCUUUAUGAUAUCUCCAUGCUUGAGAGCCAACUUUCUUUCAUUUACAGGGAUCAGGAUUUUCAUAAAGACACAUGUAAUGAAUUACUAACCUAUAUUUUUAAGUUUAAUCUCCAAUCUAGUAUUCCUGAAGCUGUCAAAUUAAUGAAAAUGAAUGUUGUCUUGUCAGUAACUAGUGCUUCUGUUGAAAGAUCAUUUUCCUGCUUGAAAAGGGUAAAGACCUAUUUGAGAAAUAGAAUGAGUCAAGGGCGCCUUAGUUCUCUUUGUAGGAUUUCAAUCCAUAGAGACAUUCUAAAAGAAAAAGAAGAUGCCAAUGUGCUACAUAGUGAUGUUGUGGAGAAGUUUGUGGAGAAGCCAAGGAGACUUGCCUUUCUUUACAAAUAG